AUGAAGCCAGAUGUCAUUCAGUGGAACAAGCGCAUCUCUCGAGCCAGUGGCUCGCGAGCGCUCCAACUCUUGGAAGAGGUCCAAGCCGUGCAGCUGCAGCCCACCGUCGUCUCCUUCACCGCGGCUUUGCGCGCGCUGUCCGGCGCCCGAGUCUGGCGCCGGGCGCUGCAGCUCUGGCAGCGCAUGGGGCAGCAGGGCCUGGAGCAUGACGUCGUGGCCUGCAAUGCAGCUGCCAGCUGCCUUGAGGCUUGGAGCGAGGCGGCGGUCUUUCUGCGGGAACUCCAGGUGAGAUGCUUGAAAGUGGACACCAUCUCCCACAACGCGGCCAUUAGCACUUGUGAAGCGAGCCAGUGGCAGCAAGCCUCCGCUUUGCUGGAUGUCCUGCAGGUGAAGUUCCUACAACCCACUGCUGUGUCUCUGAAUGCCGUGAUGAGUGCCGAGAGACGGUGGCCUGCGAGUUUGAUGCUCCUACAGAUGGGUGCAAGAUGCCUCGAAGCCACCGCCCACUCCUACAGCGCGGCGGUCAGCGCCUGCGGCAAAUUCAGCUGGGCAGCCGCGUGGGCCUUGCUGGGGGAGAGCGCAGGGCGAAGCCUUACCAACGUGGUGGUAGUCAGCGCCGCCAUCAGCGCGGCGAGCGCUCCGAUGCUUUGGACAGGCGCGUCGCAGCUCUUGGCCUCGCUGCCUGCCGUCACUUCGGUCGCCUUCGGCGCCGCGGUGAGUGCCGUGGCGAGCAGCGGCCGGUGGCAGAAGGCGCUGGAGCUGUGGCAGGAGUGUCGAGCGCAAAGCCUUGCUGACAUUAUCACGUGCAAUGCUGCCGUCAGCGCCUGCGAGCACGGGGCCUGGCAAACCGCUUUGAGGCUUCUGCAGGAAGCGCGAAUUGAGCGCUUGCACCUCACCCUGGUCAGCUACAAUAGCACCAUCACCUCCUGUGAGAAGGGCUCGGCCUGGAAGACGGCCUUGGCUCUGCUCGCGGAGUCGAAGUCCAGUCGUCUGGAGCCGGACGUGGUGACCUACAACUCAGCGCUCAGCGCCUGCGAGAAGUCUCAGCGAUGGCAGGCCGCUCUACUGCUCUUCGCGGAAGUUUCCACGCCGGAUCUGAUCACCUAUAGCUCUGCUGUCGGCAGUUGCCGAAGAUCCGGACAGCACGCCUUGGCGCUGCUGAAAAGUGCCGCAGAUCAGCGAGUGCAGCUGGAUCCCACGACCUACGGUCUGGCCUUGUCGGCCUGCGAGUUGGCGGGCGCGUCUUUGGCGGCGCGCCGGCUGCUGGGCCUACUGGAAGUGGGGUGUCUUACGGGCGCAUCAUGGGCUACUUGGGUGAGAUGA